GGGGUGAGCUCUGUUCCUCUGAGACACAGUCUCUGUUGCUAAAGAAACCCCAUUUCGAGGAGUUAGAGACCACCGCACCACCGGAAGCAUCGAUAACUCCAAACGUAAUUUAGCAGUUGGCGGUCGCUCCAAACUCUCCCAAGAAAGAGAGGAGCUUCCAACGGCUAUAUUUCUCCUUCCUUCUCUCUGUCCACCUCUGCCUUCAAUCUCUCUCUCUCUCUCUCUCUCUCUUGCGGUCAUUAGCAGGUCUAAACGAGACAAGGACUGUGGAGCCAACAACGUUAUUGUGAAUGGUGGAGAUAUCUUGGGAUCUCUUCUCUGAAAAUUAAGAAAAUUUGCAGAAGACAAGCUAUAAACAGUUUUGGAAGGUCAAUUGUUGAAACAUUCAAUCCUUGGUGGCAGUUGGUGUUGAGUAUACCCUUAAGAAGUUAACCUUAGUUUGUAAUGGAGGAGGUCUUCCUGCAGAACCAGAUUGCAGCUAUGGAUAAAGCAGGAAAUGUAGUUCUGGACAUUGAAAGCCUUACACAGCCCUCUGAUAAGUGCUCUGGAAGUCCGAAAAUGACCAAAGCUCUUUCUCGUAAGGGUUCAAGCAGAAUGGAGAAGCGAAAUGGUGAAGAGCAAGAAGCAGAUGAGACAUCAAAAAAACUUGUCAUUAAAGUGGGGUGUUCCCAGCUGGAUCAGUUGAAACAGCCUGCGAUGCCAAUCAAAGUUCUCAUAGCGCCUCCAACUUCAGUUAAUAUUUCCGGUGUUGCAGAUACUGGGGAUGGAAGGAGUAGGAGAUUUCAUCGCCUAACAACUAUCAACCCGAAGAAAAUCCUUCUCCUUUUUGCUUCUAUGUCAAGCAUGGGGACAAUGAUUCUCAUAUAUUUUACGCUUGCUAUCAGUCGACAAGGGGAAGUGUAACCGUGUUUUGAAAGUUCGAUGGGUGGACAACUUGACUAUUUUUGGCAUGGUUUUGAUAGGAAGGCACAGUGGAUACACUCUUGCUGGCUGCUGGGCACAUGUCUGCUAUAUUCCUCACUCUCUCUGAAUGGGAGCUAUGAGCAUUUUUAUGAUUGAAGUAUUAAAGAAACAGAUAGCUCCACAUUAUGAUGCUUAGUGUGAGAAUCUGUGAAGUCCCAGCUGUAAAAGCUUGCAUGGUACUACUUAUAGCAAGUUUAUUUGCAUGAUUUGAGUAGUGUUAUGUGUAGAUAUUGGAUGCUAUUUUUGAAUAAAUGUUCAGUUUUGUGCACAAGUUGCAGCUGUGUAAA